GGACAGGCCCAGCCAGCCAGCAGUGGGUCUGGGAUCUCCUUCAUGAGGAGGGCAGAGCUGCGGCUGCUCGCUCUCGGGGACAGUGCAGGGGAGCAUUCGGGGAGCCCCAGCUGAGUUGGGGGACUGCCUGGUCCCACCCCACCCCCAGCGGUCUGAACACCAAGACACGGGGUCCCCAUCAGAGCCCGGUGCCAGGUUCUCUGGGGCAUCUGCCCUCUGCCCUGGUCCAGGCCUGUGCCCCCCCACCCCCGCCAUGAUCCCAGAGCUGUUGAUAGUCUGGGGUGACACUCCCUGCUCCUGUUCCCGCUCCCGUCUCCAGGGGGGAAGACCUCUUCAAGGACAGGCCUUUGACAAGUUGGUCACAGGCUGCACCUUCUAUCAUGGGUAGGAAGAUAGGCAGUGAGGCCGGAACAGAAGGGGCUUUGAGAGCAAGCUUCCCAGCCUGUCCCGGGCCAUGGUGGGGCGCCAGGCACUGGUCCCCAAGGUCACAUCCCAGGAGGAGAUAGGGGCUGCUGUCCUGCACAAAUAGCCUGGGCUCUCCCAUAUAAGCCAGAGCCGCCCAGCCCUCCCGGCAGCCAGGAUGUGGGCUCUGCUGCUCUGGCCGCCGGCCCUGGUACUGCUGGCGAUGGGGCCCCUGCUGGGACCCGGGGCCCCCGGAGGAGAGGGCUCCAGCGCCCCAGCCUCGCCCGGAGAACCAGGCACUGGGGGGCUCAUUUUCCACCAAGACUGGGACUGGCCGCCAGGCAGCCCACAAGACCCCUUGUGCCUGGUGACCCUGGACCAGACUGGCAACAGGAGCAGCACCCCACUUCGGGUGGCAGGGGCCCUGAGAGGCUAUGAGCACGCCUUCCUCGAGGUUGUGCAGCAGGCGCGCUGGGGCCCCCGCGACCUGGCCGCCCUCGGGGUCUGCACCGCCAGCGCAGGGCAGCCCGGCCUGCUCCGUCUGCGGCAGCUGCAGGCGUGGCUGGGGGAGCCCGGGGGGCGGCGGCUGGCGGUGCUGCACCUGCAGGAAGUGACCUGGGAGCCAACAUUCUCACUGAAGUUCCAGGACCCCCCACCUGGAGGAGCCAGUCCCCUAGAGCUGGCGCUGCUGGUGCUGUACCCCGGGCCUGGCCCUGAGGUCACUGUCACAGGGACUGGGCUGCCAGGCACCCAGAACCUUUGCUGGUCCCGGGACACACGCUACCUGGUGCUGGCCGUGGACCACCCAGCGGGGGCCUGGCACAGCCCUGGGGUCACCCUGACCCUGCAACCCCGAGGAGACGGCCACGCGGGUGCACCCCUGAGCACCCCCCAGCUGCAGGAGCUGCUGUUCGGCCACGACCCCCGCUGCUUUACACGGAUGACCCCGGCCCUGCUCCUGCUGCCACCGCCUGGGCCCACACCAAUGCCCGCACAUGGCCUCCUGGACCAAGUGCCCUUCCCACCACCCAGGCCCUCCCAGGAGCAGGAGCCCAAGGAGCCACCGCCCAGCGCAGACCCCUUUCUGGAGACGCUCACGCGCCUGGUGCGCGCCCUGCGGGGGCCCCCAGCCGAAGCCUCGCCGCCGCGCCUGGCCCUGGACCCGGGCGCGCUGGCCGGCUUCCCGCAGGGCCUCGUCAACCUGUCCGACCCCGCGACACAGGAGCGCCUGCUCGACGGGGAGGAGCCGCUGCUGCUGCUGCUGCCACCCUCCACGGCAGCGGCCGGGGACCCGGCGCCACUGCAGGGCCCCGAGUCCGCGCCCUGGGCUGAGGGCCUAGGGCAUCGCGUGGCCACCGAGCUGCCGGCCGCGGCUGCCGAGCUCCGCGAGCUCCCGGGGCUGCCCCCGGCCGCCACGCCGCUGCUGGAGCGCCUGCUCGCUCUGCGCGAGCUGAGCGUCGACCUGCGCGCCGAGCGCUCCGUGCUCAUCCCCGAGACGUACCAGGCCAACAACUGCCAGGGCGCGUGCGGCUGGCCGCAGUCCGACCGCAACCCGCGCUACGGCAACCACGCGGUGCUGCUGCUCAAGAUGCAGGCCCGCGGCGCCGCCCUGGCGCGAGCCCCGUGCUGCGUGCCCACGGCCUACGCCGGCAAGCUCCUCAUCAGCCUGUCGGAGGAGCGCAUCCGCGCGCACCACGUGCCCAACAUGGUGGCCACCGAGUGCGGCUGCCGGUGACCCCGCGCCGCGCCGCAAGUGGCGUCCCCGCCCGUAUUUAUUCGGACCCCAAUCAUCGCCCCAAUAAAGCCCAGCAAGCACUA